AUGGCGCUCCGGGGACGAUGCUGGCAGAUCUUCGCGCGAGUCAAGGAGCGGCGACGCGACGGCGUAUUUCGCGAGCUCCUCGUCGCCGCGGGGGAGUCGGCAUCGGCGGAAGUUUUGGAAACGAAGGAUCGGAAGGAGGACGGGGACGAGAACGGGGACGAGGAGGACGCCGUGGAGCGCGUGCUGGCCUCCUUGGUCGACGCGACGUGCACAGCUGUGCCGGAUGACGGUUCGCGCACAGCUGUGCGCGACGAUGCGUCGGAUUCGACGCCGUGCACAGCUGUGUCGCCGGAUACUUCGUUUCGUCGCGUCCGGAAACAAAUCGACAAGGAUCUCCCGCGAACCUUCCCGGGGCAUCCGCUCCUGGACGGCAUCGGGCGCGACGCCCUCCGCCGGGUUCUGUGCGCCUACGCCCUUCACAACCCCGCGGUGGGGUACUGCCAAGGCAUGAACUUUCUCGCCGCGCUGCUCUUACUGUUGAUGGAGGAGGAACCCGCGUUUUGGUGCCUGGGCGCGCUCGUCGAGGACGUCCUGCCCGGGUACUACGGGAACACGAUGCUGGCGUCCGCGGUGGACCAGGCGGUGCUGAGGACGUUCGUGGAUUCGAGGUUCCCGCGCGUGGGCGCCGCGCUGGACGACGCCGGCGUGCCCCUCGCCGCCGUCGCCGGUUCGUGGUUCCUCACGCUGUACGUCAAUCACCUCCCGUGGGAAGUGGCGUUGCGAGUGUGGGACGUGCUCCUGUUCGAGCGCACGCGAAGGGUGCUGUUCCAAACCGCGCUCGCGCUCAUCGACGUCAACGCCAAGCGCAUCGUGGAGGGUGGGCGGUGCGACCGGCUGAUGGAGUGCGCCGUGCAAAUCGCCCCGGCGCAGUUCGACGGAUCAGGUGAGUUUAUUUUAAUCUUUGCAUGGGCAAUUUGA